AUGGAACAGCACCUUUCCAAGACCCUGAAGCCCGCGCGCAACCCAUAUCUCCCCAAACUUACCCCCCUUGUUCGGCCUCCACCACCCCCCGGCUGGAAGAACGCACGGUCGGAUGUUUCUUUGGCUCAUCCUCGUGGAGAAACCAGCAGCAUUCAUAGAGCCAAUGCGUCUACUCUCGCCGAGCCUAUACUUGUCCCUAACCCUCUCCACACUACCGAUGCCAAUCUUACUGCGCUGGAAGGCGACGACUUACUGCGUGCUGCUGAGGAUAUAGCAACUGUCGCCAACCCGCCACUCCGUGAUUUCAACAGCAAUUUGUUUACUUCUAACGUCGCGCAUACCGUCAGCACCUCUCCAACUUGCGAAGAAGACGCUUUUGUUUCAAGUCGGCCUUUGGUUCUGUGUUCUGACGGUGUCAAAAGAUCGCCCGCUCAGGUCGUUGAACUAUGGCAUCACCAUCUCGAUGUUCUUCAAGUCCCCCGUCCCCCAGCAAGCUUCCUAAAACUCAAUGCAAACGACUCGGAGGUGCUCUCUGGUUAUCCGUCUGUUCAACAGGAUCCUGCAACUUCGCACGAUGAGCCCGGGGUAUGGCAUAUUCUAUUCCCCACCAAUGCCUUCAUCUCAUUGCUGUCAAAACAGGAUAACAAGCCACUGACAUCCAAGGAGCCAACGACUCCGCAAUCGGGCGACCAAUUCCGCGAUGCUUUGACCGCGUCUUUCCCUCCCACACCUGGUCAAGAGGACGUCAGCAAGAUAUACUCUGAUUUCCAAGCACAAGUUCGCCGCGAGUCCGCCAUCGAAGGAGAAGAUCUGGCACUUGCAUCCGACGGGGAAGGCUCUGGUGUCUCGUCUAUCUCUGAUUCGCAGGCUAGCGGUGUCGAUUCAAAUGGUGGGGAGGUGGUGGAUGCUCCUGAGACGGUGCUUGAGGAUUUGACGAAUGCACCUGUUGACGGUGAUAACAAGGAUGGGCACAGGCUUAUCAAGAGCAAAAAAAUAAUCAAAACCGUCAAUCAUUGUCUCUCUUAG